AUGGCGGGUCCGGCAUUCCAACUAUUUCCUCCUCCACCCCGCGCUCCAAGGCAGACAAGCCCGAGUCAAAGGCCUUCUCCUCAUAUAAAACCUGCAACACCAGAGCCAACAACGGAGCGGGUAGACAGCGCAAACAGCACAAAGCCGCCAGCAGACUUUCACGAGCUCAUCAUCCAGGUCAAUUCAGUUCCUGUGUCUCCAUCAAACUCAAUGGCACCACCGCCCGCAAUAGCAGCCCCUCCACGGGCACAUAUCCCUAAUACGCAGGCUACGAGGACACCCCCACAAGCCAGCAGACCAACCUUCGAAUCCCCAUCACAACAAAGAACGCCUUCACCACAUCUGAUGAGACAAGAAAGCUUCUAUAGAGGGCAAGACCCUCGAGCUCCGUCGCCGGCGUUUUCCGUGCAACACGAUCAAAGCAAACAACAAUCACGUAUCGCCAGUCCGGAUCCGGAUCGAGCAGUAUCUCCAGCUUUCUCAGAAGCCGCAACCCUCGUGCGAGCAAAUAGUUCUGCCACACGAGUACGAAGCAUGCUGCCUCAAGAAGAUGUACCGAUGCGAUCAAUGUUUCCAGUCUACGAUCCAACAGUGCCCCUAGGGAAUCAAUCUUAUAAGCCUACACAAGCAUCACCGACCCAUUUCCCUCGCACACAGAUGAGCAGAUCGCCAUACGCUCCCGACUCAUACAUCCCCCACAGCAACGUCCGUACAAACAGCUCAACAGCUCCUCCACCGGCAAGGCCCUUCUUUACACCUUCGAAUCUGCUCGAUAAUCUAUGGCUAGCCACAAACGGCCAGGAAGAACCUACAGUACAGAUUUACACUCUCAAGAUGCAUCGGGCAACCGCAGCAAACCCUACCAUUACCUUUGGUACUACACCGUCUCUUCCUUUCUACUCACUAGCGCAGUCAAACCUCGCUGGCUCACAUGACAUCCCAAGCAUCAUGAAUGAGCUACUCAUUCAACGGCACCAUCCCACUCAACCCCGAGUCCUCCCGGUAGCUCAUCUCGAUCUCAUUGCACCUCCAUCCCUGGAUAACGUCGCGUUUGACCCACAUCAGCAAGAAAGCACCACUCUUCUCACUAGCAUAUAUCCCAAGCUUGCUGCUCUUCAAGCGCUUGAUGCCGCUGCCAACUCUCCUGCCGCUUCUCGCAUUGCUUUGUCAGAUCCUGGUGCACAGUCGCCUGCUGCCCAACGACUGGCGGAAGAUGUUCUUGCAGGGACUGCACAGCGUGAGUGCUGCGCGCUGGCGUGGAUACGAGACAAUCCUGAACAGCAAGCAAACCCUUGGGCCCAACACAUGCCUUCGGAAGGAUCAUAUCAGCUGCACCAUCCUACGCUCGGAACAUUCCCCAUUUCCAUUGAAGGGGAUUGCUCCGUCAUCAACACACCUUCUACUCGUCCUGUUACGGCAUUCUACGGACAAAAUACGCCUCUGACACCGCAGACUACUGGACGGAAGCCUGCCUCUAUCACACUUCGCAAUCCAUACAUCCUAUCUCCAUCAUCGCCACGAACAAACGCCUUCUCGCCACUACAACCACCACCACGGAUAGACAGCAUGAAUCGGCCCAUAUCGAUGACCCCCUCGGAAAUGUCAGUUGGCCAACUUCCAACCACCACAGACGCAACCGCCGACGAUGCGAUGCUCGCCCGCCUCGACUUCACCAACGAUGCAUUGAUCCUGAACCUUGGUGCUCUAUCACACUUCGGAAAUCCCUUCCUCGCCGACGUAGUGACCGCCACGCUUCUCGCCGUCGCAGUUGCAGAAGCCACACGCGGCCGCCGAAGCCGCAGUCGAAACCAAAGCCAAGAGAACUUCGAGCCUCCCCCACCAAGCUUCACCUUGACCCACCAGAAAGAAGACACCGCAAAGGCGUUCAAAGAAUCUUUCGUCGAAGGCUUUCAGGGCUUUGGCGGUAAGACUAAAGGACCAAUUCGUGGGUCUGGGCUCAAGAGGUUCGCGUCAUCGCUCAAGUCGACGGCAACGAGUAGGAGUCCGAGUACCAGCUUUGAGAAGGAUAUCGAGCUUGGGGAGUGGUAUGGACAGGACAAGACCACCAAGGCCAAGGAGACAAAGGCAGACAAGAAGACUCGAAAGGAGAAAGAAGACCAGGAUAAACUGCCGUUUGUGACACGGACGAUCAUCAAUGUCCUGACAUUCGCUUUCAAGAGUGUCGUGUUUGUGCUGAAAAUCGCCAUCAAGAUUGUGGCAGGCGUCGUCGUUAUGAUUACGAGAAAUUUCAGCAAGUUGUGA